GUAGUCUUUGUUCUCCCUGCACUCCUUGUCAGUUCGUUCUGUCUUCCAUCAGCCUCUGUUUGUGUCUUCAUGAUGUUCUGCCCUAGCGUCCCUCCAGUCUCUCCCCCUGUGUCUCCCCUGUUGGGGGAAAUGGAGGUAAUACUACAGCUGACCUUCUUUCCUUGACAAACACUAAAGUGUGGGCCAUGAUCCAGUUGUAACCUAAUCUCUCUGACCCAGUAGCUGAGAAUAGCUGCACAUUUAUGUAGUGAAAACAAGUCAGAGAGAGAAACAGAGGGGGGGAUUUGAGGGGGAAAGAGCGAUUUGUUAAGUAAAUAUGACAAAAACUAGUAAAUUCUUCAAGAAAAGACUGUGAGGUUAAGCCUAGCCGCUGUCAUGGAGUUCACCAGGCGUUACCUGCCAUUGGAAUGGGAAGAGCGUUGGAGGCGAGAGAAGGAGAGGCGGAGAAGAGUGAUAGAAGACGGCGGAGAGGAGGGAAUAGAACAGGACAACCGCGAGCUGAAGAGGAUCGUGGCUUACAAUGACUCCAGGAUGGGGCUGUUGAGUGCAAGGGGUAAGAACGAGGGGUCAGAGGUCAGGGUGAGAGGUAAAAGCCAGGAGGAAUUUGGGGAGCAAAUGAGCGAGGAGGCGUUUGGAGAUGAAGGACUUGUCCACACAUACAGCAGUGAAACCUACCCUGAAGAAGUGUUCUCGGCCUUGAGGGAAUUCUUGGAUUCGUCUCUUCUCACAGACAUGACGCUAACCACUAACAGUGAGAGCAGUUUUCAUGUCCACUCCCCUGUCCUAGCUGCUGUCAGCUCCUUUAUUCAAGAGAAACUGAGGGAUGAAAGUGGAAAAAGAUCGAACAACGAUAAGGAUGUAAAAGUUGGAAGGAGGUCAGUGACUCUGGGUCCUGACGUUGAUCAUGUCGGGCUGCAGGCAGUUGUGGAGUUUGCCUACACUGGAGCUGUGUUGUCUUUAAACAAAGACAGCAUGGCCUUGAUUAAGGCUGCAGCUCAAGCACUGGGGGUCCCUAGAUUGCUGGAUCUCUGCAACAAAGAGGAGAGAGUAAAGGAAGUUGGAAGUCCUGAGAAGGAGGCGUUAAAGAUCCCUUCUCAAGAACAGCUGAAGAUUACUCUUCAGUCCAUUAAACAUCUGUGGGAAGACAGAGUGGGGUGUGAUGUGAUUCUGGAUGUGGACGGUGCUUCAUUCCAUGUCCACAGAGUUAUCCUGGCGGCGAGCAGUGACUACUUCCGUGGCAUGUUCACCUGCGGUAUGAGGGAAUCCCAUCAGACCUGUGUCACCCUUCCCUUCAUUUUAGCUUCUGAGUUGGAGGCCCUGAUUAGCAGCUCUUACAGUGGUUCCCUUCCGCUUAGCUGGGACUGUGUUUUUGAGAUCACCUGCACGGCUCUCCAGCUUCAGUUCCAGCCUGCCCUCUCACUGUGCCUUGACUUCAUGAGACAGGAAAUGGAAGCAAGCUCAUGCUUGGAUGUGGCAUCUUUUGCGGAAGCCUAUGGGAUGUCAGAACUCUUUGAGGAAGCUAAUGACUUUGUACUGAGGAACUUCUGGGAGGUGUCAGCCACUGCAAAGUUUCAAGACUUACCAGCAGAGAAGCUUCUGGACAUCCUCCACUGUGAUGGUCUGUGCGUUCCCUCAGAGUUGGCUGUAUUUCGAGCUGUAUCCUCCUGGGUUGAGGCUGAUCCUGAGGAGAGAUUGGGGCAGGCUGGCAUGUUGAUGACUGGAGUCCGGUUCCCCCUCAUGACCUUUCGAGAGUUCAGAGAGGUCAGGGCCAUUAAUCUGCGCAUGGAGUGCUUCGGAAACAAUGAGGUGGAACUCUAUGGUUCAGCGCUCAAGGAAUUUGCUUUCAGCCCUCCACAAUCUCAGGAUCAGUGCCGGGUCCGGCAUCCCAAAGAGGCUCUGGUUCUGGUCGGGGGAGACCAGAUGAACCCGGAUGCGGGUCGGCGCAUCGCAAGCAGGGAAUUGUGGUUUGCAAACUCCUUACGCAGUGGUACAGGGUUAGUGAAGGACAUUGAGUGGAGGAGGUUGGGUGAGAUGCCAGACAAGCUGAAGUUCAGGCAUGGGGUAGCAGCAAUGGGAGGAAAGUUGUAUGUGGUUGGAGGAUGCUACUUCUACACCAAGGAUGACAUAAUGAAAUCUGCCUACAGUUUUGACCCUGUGCAGAACACCUGGAAGAGGCUGGCUGACAUGCAGGAGUUUAGAAGUAACUUCUCAGUGGUGGUACACAAGGAGCGUCUUUAUGCCAUUGGUGGAGACAAGGAGAUUAACACCAACAUAGACAGUGUUGAGAUGUACAACCCAGACACUGACUCGUGGAGUUUCGUCCAGUCCCUGGACCAGGCUCUGAGUGGAUAUGCAGUCACUGUCGCAGAUGGAGGAAUCUUCAUCUCUGGUGGUUUCAACUGUAAAUAUGAGUGUCUGGUUUCCUUGUUCCUGUACCAUCCAGAGAGAGGAACAACCUACCUGGCAGACAUGACCCAUGACCGAGCCCAGCACUGCAUGGAGCACCUGCGUGGCCGUCUUUACGUCGCUGGCGGUGUGUGUAACCUGAGGAAGUUUUACACUGACCAGCAAACCUGUGAGGCGUAUGAUCCCGUGGCCGACGCCUGGACUGCUUUCACAUCGCUGUCUGUGCCUCAUGUGGGCGCAGCCUCAGCUGUCCUGGAGGGAAAGCUCUAUGUACUGGGGGGAUACUGCCAGGAAGAUUACAGCGAGUCCGGGCUGGUCCACCGUUUCGAUCCCAGCACACAGCGAUGGGAAAACAUGGGCAGACUGCCGGGGGCUGUUACUGACAUACGGGCCUGUCUGCUCCGGUUGCCCCAGCACUUAAGACUUUAAAAACUGACUGAUCAAGAUGAUAUUUUUUUUAAAAACAAACAAGCACUUAAUUUACAAUUAGCACACGUAGUUCAGCUAAAAGUCAGAGAUGUGUUUUAAACUAUAGAUAUUCUUUAUAGAUACCAGACACUAAAGCGUAAGAUCAAAAUUACUCACCAAAUACUAGUAACAAUAUAUUAACAAUUAAAUUACUUUUAAAUCAUUUAUCAAUAGUAUGCCAUUUAAAUGAAUCUCUGCAUGUCUUUUUCGUAUUGCAGUGUGACACAUUUAAAUAUUUACUAAUGUAUAUGGCAAUAUAAGUUUAAUAUAAUCUAUUGACUUCCUGUUACAAAAAUAAACCUUACAGAUUGUU